GCAUGUGGGCGACGAGGCAGAUGACGAAGGACGAGGACCGGGAGAUCUACGUGCGCACGACGCUCAGGGAACUGGUCGUCUACAUCAUCUUCCUCGUCAUCCUCUGCAUCCUGACCUUCGGCAUGACUUCGCCCACCAUGUACUACUACACCAAGGUGCUGAGCGACCUCUUCCUGGACACGCCCUACCCCGACACCAAGAACACCUUCAGAGGCUCCACGCAGGUCAUGGACUUCUGGAGGUUCACGGAGAACGUGUUGCUGGACGGACUGUACUGGGAGUACUGGUACGACCGGGACCAGACCGCCACACAGGCCGACAACCGGAACAUCCUCUACGAGAACAGGAUGCUGGGCGUCGCGCGCCUCAGACAGAUCCGCGUCCGCAACGACUCGUGCAUGGUGCCCGAGAACUUCCAGCGCGCCAUCAGGCAGUGCUACGACGUGUACUCCACCAACGCCGAGGACAAAAGCAACUUCGGCGUGAACGUCAACGGCACUGCCUGGACGUACUUCUCGGAGGAGGAGCUGCAAGGAGGCAGCCACUGGGGGAAGAUCGCCACGUACUCCGGCGCCGGAUCUUACCAGGACCUGGGAGUGAACAAGUCGGUGUCGAGGGACAUCCUGGCCAGCCUGCGGGAGAACCUGUGGAUCCAGCGCGGGACCCGCGCCAUCUUCAUCGACUUCACCGUCUACAACGCCAACAUCAACCUGUUCUGCGUUAUCAAGCUGCUGUUCGAGUUCCCUGCCACGGGCGGCAUCAUCCCUUCGUGGUCCUUCCGCACCGUGAAGCUCCUCCGCUACGUCACGCCCAUGGACUUCUUCGUGAUGGCGUGCGAGUUCAUCUUCGCUUUUUUCAUCAUAUAUUACAUCAUCGAGGAGUCGCUUGAGAUCAAGACGUUGAAGUGCGCCUACUUCAAGAGCAUCUGGAACAUACUAGACCUCUUGGUGAUCGGGCUGGCGUUGCUGUGCAUCGGCUUCAGCGUGUUCACCACCCUGACCAUCGGCAGCAAGCUGGAGGUCCUGCUCGAGGACGCCAACAAGUUCGCCGACUUUGAAUUCCUGGGCUACUGGCAGACGCAGUUCAACAGCAUCGCGGCUGUGUGCGUGUUCUUCUCAUGGUUCAAGCUGUUCAAAUACAUUUCGUUCAACAAGACCAUGACGCAGCUGUUCUCCACGCUGUCGAGGUGCGCCAAGGACGUCGGAGGAUUCACCGUCAUGUUCUUCAUUGUGUUCUUCGCCUUCGCCCAACUCGGCUACCUCUUGUUCGGUACUCAGGUUCGUGACUUCAGGAGUUUCAUAAACGCCGUCUUCACUCUCCUUCGAACCAUCCUGGGAGACUUUAACUUCCACGAAAUCGAAGACGCCAACAGAGUCCUGGGACCUAUUUUCUUCCUGUGCUACGUGUUCUUCGUGUUCUUCGUUCUGUUGAACAUGUUCCUGGCCAUCAUCAACGACACGUACUCGGAGGUCAAAGCCGAGAUCGCCAACCAGCGCAAUGAGUUCGAGAUCGCCGACUACUUCAAGCGCGGCUACAACAACAUGAUGGGCAAGUUAGGCAAGCGGGACAAGCUCAUCGACAUUCAGAACGCGCUCAAGCUCUCCGACGCCAACAGUGACGGCAUGCUCACCUUCGACGAGAUUCGUGCCAACCUCAAGAAGGCCAACUUCUCGGACAUGGAGAUCGAGAUGUUCUUCGCCAAGUACGACACGGACGGCAACCGGCUCCUCGAGGCCGACGAGGUCAAGAGGAUGCUGGCCGACCUCGAGGGCCAGAAGACGGAGCUUGACAAGCAAAUCAAGAAAGAGGAGCAGCCGCCGAAGUCAACGAGCGAGGCCGAGACACGACCCGCAUCCGCCUCCUCGGGCCACGGCUCCAUCGUCUCGGUGUCCUUCGAGGAGUUUUCAGUCCUGCAGCGCCGAGUGGACCGCCUGGAGCACAGUAUCGGCAGCAUUGUGAGCAAGAUUGACGCCGUGCUGGUCAAGCUGGACACCAUGGAGAAGAGCAAGCAUAAGCGGCGCGAGACCAUGGGCAAGAUUCUGGACACCAUCACGGAGAAUGACGGAAUGGACGACUCGACUAAAAGGAAGCAGAUGGAGAAGCUGGUGAGAGAGGAGCUAGAAAAGUGGGACGGCGACUCUCGACCUCCAACAAGCGGAAAAUAGACAUAAGCCCCGCACCUCAGCUGGCGAUAGACAGCUGCAUUCGUCAAUACUCAAGAGCCAAGACACCACCAACAUCUCUUAUGUUUGAGGAAUGGGAACAGUUGAUGGGUAGUUUCACACAGUCAUAAUAUAGUUGACAAGAAUGAAAGCGCGUAAACUGUGAUAGCAGUGCCUCAGUAUUGGUCAGAUUUCCAGGUUCUUUGUUUUGCGUUUGUGAUAUUGUCAUUCGGGAGACAAGAAGAUAUGUACAAUGAUUAAAUUUAUUAUUUUUUUCUCCCUUUGGUGUGUUCCUCGUCGCUUGAUAAGUUUCCAUGUUCUCAGAGCUUAGUCAGGGUGUCAACAGGAAGGUCAAGUACAAAGAAUAUCAGUAAUCCAGUCAAAUGCAUAUGUUGACACUCCGAUGGGGCCUUUGGAUGCAAGAGAAAAGAUAUCAUAACCUAUAUGACACACGAGAGAACAAGAGAUCUGACCAUUUUAUACAUUGGUAUUUCUGAGUUCAUUAUUUAAUAGGUGUAAACACAAUCGCAGUGCAGACUUGAUUUAUAAUUUCAGGAGAUGAUUCCUAAAUAUACUAUUUUUCACCCUCGAACAAACUUCUUAGUGGAAGUGCUCUAAAAUGCUUCUUGUGUUUCUUAUUGUCACACGGUGCAUUCCACAUAAGGCAAAGAUAAAGGAUAAGUGCAAAUAUUGUAGAGGGCGUAAUGUGCUUUGCAUGUUUAAAAUCACGAACAGAAGACAUUGCAUGUUUUUGUAUACAAU